AUGAAAACUAAUUUGAAAGAAAUUUGGGUCUCUAUCAAACGUCUUCACUCGCUUGGAAUUGUUCAUAACGACAUCAAGCCCGUAGAUAUCAUGUUUGACAAAGACAGUAUUCUGAUCGAUUUGGAUAGCUGUCGGUAUAUCGGGGAGUUUUUACACGAGACUAAAACAAAGAGUACCAAUCACUGGAAUGACCUUCCUGUAGAUAUGUCGCUCGAGAAAAAUGGUCUUGACGCUUUCAAAGAUCUACAAAUCUGGUUGACUGGAUCGGCAGAUGAAGAACUCCUGUUUAAAUGA